AUGGUGUCUAACAAGAAUGAGGAGAGUCAUCACAGUGAUGGAAUGGAUCCCCACACAAUCGAAGUACUCAAUAAAAAAUUGGACAUGAGUUUGGACGAAUUGAUCGCUGCAAACAAAAACAAUAGAGGCUCCACCCACUCGAUGAGAAGGAGAAGAGGAGGAGCAAGAAAUGAUGAGCACACCAAUAUUACUUCUCGUUCAUCUGCUCAAUCCAUUCCUCACUCUCAGCAAUGGCGCCACAGAGUGAGAUCUUUUAAUCCAUUCAUCCAUAGGUGGCCUGAAAGUAGUGUUAAAAAGAGAUCAAGAAAUGGUCAGCCUGAACAAGAGCGCCCUAGGAAGAGGUUCAAGCCAAGCUUAGUAACCAAUAAAUCUCAGCAAUCAUCUUCGGGCACAUUGAGAGGGAAAAAAUUAUACGUCUCCAAUCUGGAUCACAAUGUUAGUAAUAAAGAUAUUGAGAUUUUAUUCUCGGAAGAUGGGAAAGUGGGAUUGAAGAAUGCAACAAUUCACUUUGAUGAAAAAGGCCGCUCUCUGGGUACGGGGGAAGUCGUUUUUGCAAGGGAAGAAGAUGCUGUUGCUGCUAUGAAUAAGUACGAUGGGAAAAAACUUGAUGGAAGACCACUUGAUAUUCACUUGUUGAGAGAAGAGGAUAAAUCUCAUGCUAAUAGAAAUAUUUUUGAGAAUGGAGGAGGAAGAAGGCGGGGGCAAGGGAGAGAACGAGGGGGAGGGAUCCGGCGAGAGCGACUUUUAAUCUCCACCAUCGAUCUAUAUAAUUCUUCAAGUACUCUUUAUUAA